AUGCACCGCAAACGCCCAGAUGCUGAACCCCGUGGCCAGCCACAUGAAGACAAACAUGCGGACGCCGACCUGGGCGUGGAUGUUGAGCUCCUGCUGGGCCUCGGCGGCGUACUUGAAGGCGAUGCUGAUGACGGUGCCGACGGUGCUGGCGGCCAGGAUGAGCAUCAUCUCGAGGAAGGAGGCGAUGGCCAGCGGCAGACUCCACCAGCGCGAGGACACGGCCAGCGGCGAGAGGAAGAUCAUCAGGAAGGCGAGCACGGCGGCGGUGAGGAAGAAGCCGAACAUGAUUUGGGAGGUGAGGCGCAGGAUGUCGAGGAUGGUGAUGAUUUGCGUGGGGAGGGCGAUGGUGGCGCCGGAGAGCAGUUCGUUCAUGAGAAUCUCGACCGGGUUGAACCAGUACAGGGUGGUGGGCUUGGAGCAGAAGGUGAUGCCCGUGCCGACGUAGCCCUCGCAGAAGUUCCACAGGCCGACUUGGUAGAAGUCGUGCAGGCCGAUGGACUGGGCGAUGCUGUUGAUCAGGCUAGCGUUGGGCACUGA